AUGGCGCUCAUCCGCCAGACAUGGACGCUGAUGCGCAAAAACCUGCGCAGGGUCCUCUUCCGGCGCCCCUUUGUCGUCUUCUUCAUGGCCUUUUUCGUGCCCAUCAUUCUCUCCCUCUUCUUCAGCUUUGCCAGAAACCUCUUUGUCCCCCCCGCCACCUUUGGCAUCGGCUCCGUCCGGCCCGUCAUGCCUUUCAAGGACGCCCUGCAGCGCGGCAGCCACGCCGGCCGCACCAAGCUGAUCCUCGUUAACAACGGCCACACUGGCGGCAACAUUGACAAGGUCCUCGACGACGUUGCCGACGCGGUGUCAAGUGCCAACACCGGUGUCAGCGUCAUUCGCGCCAGUGACGAGAGCCAUCUCCUCACCGAGUGUCGCAGCUCGCUCCGUGGUGUGACGACCUGCUUCAAUGCCAUCGUCUUUCGCUCCUCGCCCGACGAAGGCAGUGGCGGGAUUUGGAACUAUACCAUUCGUACAGAUGCCUCCUUUUUUCAAGAGACAUACAGAAUCCAGGUCGACAAGGGUGACAAUGUUGAGCAAGUAUACAUGAUCCCUACCCAACAUAUUGUUGACCAGGCAAUUGCCAAAAUUUCCCACCCCAAUCAAAAGGAUCCUCUGGCAGAUGUCCAGGAGAAGGCUUUUACAAGUUAUACUAGCGAAGAACGUCUGGAACAGACGCGGAAGCUCUAUCACAAGUCCAUCAUCAACUUCAUGGGCGUCGCCUUCAUCUCCUGCAUUCUCUGGAUCUCCUACCAUUUGGCGGGUUUCGUCGCCACCGAGAGAGAAACAGGCAUGUCCCAGCUCAUUGAUGCCAUGAUGCCCGUACGGAAGCCCUGGAUGGCCAUGUUUGCGAGAUUGGUUGCUCAUCACUUGUCCUUUUCCUUGGUCUACGCUCCCGCCUGGAUCAUGGGCUCGCUCAUCAUUCGUUUUGGCGUAUACACCCACACCAACGUCGCCCUCCUUCUCAUUCUCCACAUCCUUGCCGGUCUUGCUCUUGCCUCCAUGUCAAUCAUGAUAGGCUGUUUCUUCAAAAAGGCACAACUCAGUGGCAGCGCAGCACUAUUGUCCAUGAUGCUCCUGGGUAUCCUUGCCCAGGCGCUUACGAAACCCGGCACUACAACUGUCGCUGCCCUCUCUACUCUCUUCGCGCCCUGCACAUAUGUCUAUGCCAUGAUACACAUGUCUUGGUUCGAGAGGUUCGGCAAGCCCGCAAGUCUCACAUCCAGCGACCCCGCCGCUUCAUUCCACCUGCCAGGCAUUUUCUUCUGGAUCAUGCUCAUCUUUCAAAUCCUGGUCUAUCCCCUCAUUGGAGCCGCCUUCGAGUACACCUUCUACGGCACGUCAACAAAGGGCCGCAACGUGACUAUCGACGCUGCCUCGAUGCAGAACGAUGCCGUGCAGCUGCGUGAGUUUAGCAAAAUCUAUAAGCCAGGUUUAUUUUCUCGCCUCUUGUCCAAGGUUUUCAAGAAACCUGCCGAGACUGUCGUCGCCGUCGACAAGCUAACUCUUCAUGCCGGUCGGGGCCAAAUCGUCUGUCUUCUCGGAGCCAACGGUAGCGGCAAGAGUACUACCCUGGAUGCCAUUGCCGGCCUUCACAAACUCACCAGUGGCUCCAUUUCCAUCGACGGCACAGGAGGACUAGGUAUCGCGCCCCAAAAGAAUGUCUUGUGGGAUGAUCUAAAUGUUACGGAGCACUUGCGUAUCUUCAAUCGGCUUAAAUCGCCCAAGAACCCUGCUACCAAGGACGAAAUUGACGAGCUGGUCAAGACAAUCGAUCUCUGGCCGAAGCGCAAGGCUCUCUCCAAAACGCUUUCUGGUGGCCAAAAGCGCAAGCUGCAGCUGGGAAUAAUGUUGACCGGUGGCAGUGCAGUCUGCUGCGUUGAUGAGGUCAGCAGUGGCAUUGACCCCUUGUCGCGCCGAAAACUUUGGGAAAUCCUUCUCGACGAGCGCGGAAAGCGAACCAUGAUUCUCACCACGCAUUUCCUCGACGAAGCUGACCUGCUUGCCGACCACAUCGCCAUUCUUUCGAAAGGAACUCUGCGAGCGCAGGGCUCCUCUGUUGAGCUCAAGGACACGUUGGGUGGUGGGUAUCAUGUAAAUGUUCACAAGACUGCUACGACACAAGAGUUGCCCACUGUGGAGGGUGUCAAGAUGAAGCACGAUUUUGACCAGGUUACAUACAUCGCCCCAUCAUCUAGCCUCGCCGCUGCUGUCAUCAAGAAACUGGAAAGCGCUCAGAUUCCUGAUUAUCGAUUCUCCGGUCCUACUAUCGAGGACGUGUUCCUGCAAGUGGCAGAGGAGGUCAAGGAUGAAGAGGCUUUCGAAGGCGACCUAACGUCUACAGAAAAGACGCGUGGCCCAGAUGACACACCCCAAACUGAACAACAACGCCAAGGUUUGCAACUAAUGGAUGGAAAGCAGGUGGGCUAUCUGCGCCAGGCUUUCAUUCUGUUUGCCAAACGCGCCACCAUUCUUAAGCGCAACUGGCGCAUCUAUGUGCUUGCCUUGGUCCUACCCAUCGUCGCUGCUGGCCUAACAAGCCUCUUUGUUAAAGACACGACGCUGCAAGGGUGUGCGCCCGGUGACCAGUUGACCAACUACGGCACCGAGGACGCGUUCAGCCAAAUUGUGGCCUCGGACCCCAACGGCACGCUCACGUUCCUCGCUGGCCCGGCGGCCAGUUUGUCUCCCAACGACGUCUUGAGACUACUCUCGCCCAUCUUGCCAAGAUCCAAAGAUGGCGCUUCCGCUGGUCUCGAUCUUUUGGGCAGUCUGGAAAUUGUGAACACAUUUGACGACUUCAAUAACUAUAUUGCGACCAAGCCUAAGAAUGUGACCAUGGGUUUUUGGCUUGGCGAUGACGACAGCCAACCUACGUUUGCGUGGGUUUCCAACCUGAUCAUCACCAGCUCGAUCCUUUCGCAGCAGCUUCUUGACGUCCUCCAGACAAACACUUCCAUCGCAACGACCUGGUCACCGUUCGACAAACCUUUUGUCCCUCCCAUCGGCGACGCGCUUAGUCUGGUCAUCUACAUGGGCAUUGCUCUUGCUGUGUAUCCGGCCUUCUUCGCCCUGUACCCCAACAAUGAGCGGCGGCGCUUUGUUCGGGCCCUUCAGUACUCAAACGGUGUGCGUCCUCUGCCGCUUUGGCUGGCAUAUCUGGCAUUUGACUCUAUUGUGGUUCUCGUGAGCUCUGCGAUUGUCGCAGGCAUAUGGGCAAUGUUGUCCAAUGUCUGGUACAACAUUGGCUACAUCUUUGUCGUCUUCUUUCUUUACGGCUUGUCCUCCAUUCUCCUCUCCUACAUCAUAUCGCUCUUCACCAAGUCGCAGCUGGGUGCUUUCGCGUGGUCUGCUCUCCUGCAGGCCGUUUUCAUGCUGGUAUACCUCGUUACCUAUGUCUGUGUCUUGACCUACGUCGACGCUUCCGAUAUCGACUAUGCCCUGCAUGUGUCGUACUUUGUCCUUGCACUGGUUUCUCCGAUCACGUCCGCCAUGCGGUCGCUCUUUAUUGCCUCGAACCUAUUCUCCACUGCAUGCGAAGGCAAUGAACUCUCUCGCAAUCCGCAGAAUCUGCUCUACUAUGGUGGCCCCAUUCUCUACCUGUCCGUGCAGUCUGUCAUCCUACUCCUCCUGGUGCUCUGGCUGGACAGCGGCUCGCCGCUUUCAUGGCUGCGCCGCGUCUUCUCACGCAAACCGCCCGCGGAGAACCCUGAAGCUAUGGACCAGGAUGUCAUUGACGAGCAGGAACGCAUCAGUGGUCCCGGCGCCCAGGACGACGGCCUGCGCGUUUCCCACCUGACCAAGUCCUUUGGCAGGAACACGGCCGUGGACAAUGUCAGCUUUGGCAUCAAGCACGGCGAAGUCUUUGCGCUUCUCGGACCCAACGGCGCUGGCAAAUCCACCACCAUCUCCAUGGUGCGCGGCGACCUCAAGCCAAGCCGCAACGGCGGCGACGUCUUCAUCGAGAACGUCUCCGUUAAUAAGAACCUACCCCUCGCGCGCACUAACCUAGGCGUGUGCCCGCAGACGGACGCCCUCGACCUGAUGACGGUCCGUGAGCACCUCGAAUUUUACGCCCACGUCCGCGGCAUCCCCGACAUCCAGCACAACGUGAUGGCCAUUCUUGCUGCCGUCGGUCUCGGCACCUAUGCGGACCGCAUGGCGGCUACCCUCUCCGGCGGCAACAAGCGCAAGCUCAGCCUCGGCAUCGCCCUCAUGGGCAACCCGGCCGUCGUGCUUCUUGACGAGCCCUCGUCCGGCCUCGACGCCGCCGCCAAGCGCAUCAUGUGGCGCACGCUCGCCGCCACCGCCCGCGGACGCUCCAUCCUCCUCACCACGCACUCAAUGGAGGAGGCCGACGCGCUCGCCGGGCGUGCGGGUAUCCUCGCCCGCCGUAUGCUCGCCCUCGGCACGCCCGACGAGCUGCGCCACCGCUUCGGCGAUCUUGUGCAUGUGCACCUCAUCGCCAUCUCGGCGCCGCGCACCACGGCCGAGGAAAUGGACAACAUUACCGCCUGGGUCCGCCGUAACCUGCCCUCGGCCGACGUCGACCAUAAGACGUACCAUGGCCAGCUGCGAUUCACAGUGCGCGCGCGCGACCUCGGCCACAGCAGACGCAGCAGUGCGGGCGGCUCACCUUCAGGUGGCACACCGCCGAAGGACCAUACCCACGUCGAGGAGUGUGCGGUGAGCACCUCCACCACUACUACAAUCGGCACGCUGCGAGGGAGCGAAUCGGCCGUCGGCAGCCUCGUCGUCUUGCUCGAGGAGAACAGCAAGGAGCUCGGCAUCAGCAACUACAGCGUGGCGCCGACGGGCCUGGACCAGGUAUUCCUGGCCAUUGUCGGACAGCACAAUAUACAAGAGGAGAAUACGUAG